AUGAAUAAGUUUUUUUUAUUCGACACGAGCAAAUGGAACCAAAUAUUGUGUGCUUUCAUAGUUUGUCUCCCAGUAUUUAACUAUGGCAACACUCUCGGUUGGAUGUCUCCGAUGUCUCUACUUCUCCAAUCAAAUCAUUCACCAUCUGGAGAACCACUAACAGAUGUAGAGAUAUCCUGGUUGGCGGCCAUAUCGUACUUAGCUGGAGUCCCCUUGUACUUUCUCUUGGCGUAUAUUGGUGACAGAUAUGGAAGAAAACGUACACUGCUUCUCUCCACAGCAUUGGGUUCAACUAUAUGGAUUCUGAAAUUGUUUCCGCAAUUUUGGCCUUUAUUCGUAUCAAGAUGCAUGGUUAGCAUAUUAAUGGCGUGCAGUUUUGUCACAUGUCCGGUUUAUAUAAAGGAAAUAAGUGAGAACAGUAUAAGAGGACAUUUAGGCUGUUGGACAUCAGUGUUCUACACAUCUGGAUGCUUUUUCACCUAUGUUAUAGGUGAUAUGUUGGGUUACAGAACGAUAAUUUUCAUCUGCCUUAGUGUGCCCAUACUAAGUUUUCUUCUGUUCCUCGCCCUGCCUGAAUCUCCUUCGUACCUGGUACAAAUCGGGAAAAUCGAGGAAGCAGAAAAAGUACUACUAUGGCUGCGUCGCAAAAAUGAAAUUGACUGUGCAAUAAGACAAGAAAUUGAAACAAUUAAAUCAGAACAGAAGAACGACGAAGUCAAUGAUUCAUCUAUAAUUAAAGCCAUUUUUGCUGACAAAAUCCUCUUCAAAGCAUUUCAAAUAGCGUUAAUGGCUGCAUUCGCUCGUGAACUAUGUGGUGCUAUACCGGUGGGAAAUUUUGCGGGAGAUAUUUUCGCAAGAGCAUCUGAUGGAACUCGUGUUGUGCUAAAUCCAAACCAGCAGGCAAUGGUCAUGGGAGCAGUCCAAACUGCCGCAACUAUCGUCGCUUCUAAUAUAGUUGAGAAAUCUGGAAGGCGGCCUCUUUUGUUCAUCACAUGUCUCAUAUCCGGAAUAAGCAUGUGCUCGCUGGCGACUUGGUUCCUCUUCAAAGACUACGGCUAUAACCCUCCCGAAUGGAUCCCUGUUUUUACCCUCUGCAUUUGUAUCUUUUGUGAUUCAGCGGGCCUCUUGCCAGUUGGAACUGUUUUAAUAGGGGAAAUUUUCUCGUUUAAGUAUCGCGGAACAGUUUUAGGAACAAGCAUGGCGAUAGCAUCUUUCCUCGACUUCCUACAAGUAUUAUUCUUUAAGAUGAUAUCAGCGCGAAUUGGUGUGCAUGUAGCAUUCUACACUUUUGCUGCCAUGUGCCUUUUGAUGGCAUUAUAUAUUUUCGCAAAGAUACCCGAAACGCGUACAAGGCCCUUAGAAGAAAUCUAUGAUGACUUGAGAACGAAUAAAAAGAAGAGACCCCAGAAAACGGAUGUCAUAACUAGGUUUUGA